CAUACCCAUGUCGUGGUCAAUUGUUGUAGUUUGUUGGGUAUUAAUUCCCCUAAGACUUUCGGUACAAAUUGCAAAACCACAUACGUCAUUUUACUGACAUACUGAAAUUACGGCAAUAUUAGGAAAGAAUUAAAUAUUUUGAAAAUGAAUACUGCAGUACACGUCUCGUUUUUCUUUAUAUUAUUGUCUAAAUAAGCGCUCAAAUGUACUUGAUAACUAGUUCACGUGUAAAGUUUUUAUGCACUGAUUAAAUAACUAAAUGUAAAUUGAUGGGAUUUUUCCCCAUUUGAUGUAUUCUGUUUACAUUGUAGAUGAUUACAGACACCCUAAAUUCAAGCAUCACACACAAGAGGACCAGGGAUGAGGUGGAAAAAAAAUGGAAGAACUUGAAGAGUUCAUCCAAGAAGACCUAUUCCAAGUUCAGGCAGCAAACCAUUGCCACUGGAGGCGGACCACCUCCAACUCCGGUCAGUCCGGUCACAGAUGCAGUUGUUGAGGCCAUUGGGAGGGACAACGUAAGUCUUACGGGUAUCUCAGACUCGUGUGAUUCCACUGCCCUGCAACUGCUUGAUGCCAUCACUUCAAGAGAAAGCCCAAUCAUGGUCAGUGACGAGGUCCAGGACAUGGUGAACGUUUACCACCUGCCAGAGAAGACAGCCUGUCAGUGCCAGCAUCAGCCUUCUGUGGACGCAUUACAGAAAGAAAAACUGGAAUUAGAGAUUGAAUGUUUGAAAUUGAAAAGAGAGUAUCUUAAGAGAAGAAUUAAUAAACUAGAAGAAUAGAUUGUACAGGCACUAAUGACAGUAUAGGGUAUAUACAUUGUAAUUAUUAGGGACCUUUCAAAAUUUAAUGGUGUGUGUGUGUGUGUGUGUGUGUGUGUGUGUGCGCGCGUCUGUGUGUGAUGAUGA